AUGGCUGGCAGGAGCCAGGGCAGACCAGAUGCCCUAGGAUGCAAGACGGAAGAGAAUAGGUGCCGGGAAGAACAGCUGCAGCAUGGUGAGUGGGUGGUGGAGGAAGAGCUUGUUUUUGGCUGGGACGCUGGCCUCCUGGAGGAGGUGGCAAUUGUGGUGAGCCCUGAAGGAGGGGUCGCAGCCAAGUACCCGGCCAUCAGGGCCCUGAUGCGGCCGGACCCGAGCCUCAAGUGGAUGUUGCUGACGCUGGUGCUGGCGCAGCUGCUGGCCCGCUGGCUGGUGCGUGGGCUGGCCUGGCGCUGGCUGCUGUUCUGGGCCUACACUCUCGGCGGCUGCGUGAACCACUCGCUGACGCUAGCCAUCCACGACAUCUCACACAAUGCAGCCUUUGGCACCGGUUUUGCCGUGCGCAACCGCUGGCUGGCCGUGUUUGCUAACCUGCUUGUGGGCGUGCCUUACGCCGCCUCCUUCAACCAUGUGGACUACCACUGCUACCUGGGUGGCGACGGACUGGAUGUGGAUGUGCCCACGCGCCUGGAGGGCUGGUUCUUUAGCACGCCCUCCUGCAAGCUGCUCUGGCUGGUGCUGCAGCCCUUCUAUUCGCUGCGGCCACUCUGUGUUCACUCCAGGGCCGUGACCCGCAUAGAGGUGCUUAAUUUGCUGGUGCAGCUGGUGGCUGACGUGGCCAUCUUUGCCCUGUGGGGGCUCAAGCCCGUGGUCUACCUGCUGGCCAGCUCCUUCCUGGGCCUGGGCCUGCACCCCAUCUCGGGCCACUUUGUGGCCGAGCACUACAUGUUCCUCAAGGGCCACGAGACCUACUCCUACUACGGGCCCCUCAACUGGAUCACCUUCAAUGUGGGCUACCACAUGGAGCACCACGACUUCCCCAGCAUCCCAGGCUGCAAACUGCUCCUGGUGCGGAAGAUUGCACCCGAGUACUACGACCACCUGCUGCAGCACUACUCCUGGGUGAGGGUGCUCUGGGAUUUUGUGUUUCAGGACUCCCUGGGGCCCUAUGUCAGGGUGAAGCCGGUGUACAGGCUUGCAAAGGAUGGCCUGUGAGGCUGCCUCCUGCUGGUGGCCAUCACCCCCCACCUGCCCCUCCAGCCUCUCACCCAGCUCUGAGGGGACGCAUUUCCUUCCUGUGCCCUGGGCUGCUGCCCUUGUCCCCUUGGAGCAUCCUGCACAGCACAUCUGACCAUAGUGAUGUG